AUGUCAUUACGCCCAGGCUCGAUUAUUAACAUUUCUCAUGCAGCUGAUGAAAGUGGUUAUUCGAAAGGCCAAUCAAUGAAAGACUGGUUCAAGGAAGAAAGAUGGAAAAGGGUUUAUGACUGGAUUUUUGAAAUUGAAAAAGAACUAGAAAACAUUGAAAAUUCAAAAUAUGCGAAAAAUCAAUUGGGUCGUAUUAGAGAGCUGUUAUCGUCAAUUCAACGUCGAAAUGAGCUUAAACAAGCAACAGCAUCUGAUUUCUACAUUGAAGAUUUGAAAAGGUUUAAUAGAGCUUGGGAUCGAAAUAGCAUUAGAGUUUCUGGUGAAAAAUCAAUAGAAGAAAUGCAGCAGGAAAGUGAAAAGCUGAAAGAAGAUUUAGAAAGACUGGAAAGAAUGGAUCAUACGUUGAGAAUUUAA